AUGUCCACCUCAGCAAACGAUCAGCUCAGAAAGCAAACAUUCCGACCGGGCCAAUGGCCUCGCAAGACUGUCGACAUCGGAGCCAACGGUUUCACAGUAUCUGCGAAUCCAUUGGGCCAAAUCUACCAGAUUAGCGCGCCCCUGGAUGCUCGGAGCAAGUAUGGGAUCAUGGUAGCAGCCCCGUGGGCUCAAUUCAACCAUCGUGAAAGGGAAAACCGCGAAUAUGUUCGGGAGUUUCGCAAGAACCCCGAGAAACUGCUUAUUGAGCAGCGUAACGGACUUGGUCUAGCCUUUGGUGGGGUCCAGGGCCCAGUAGUGAUGAGACACGUCGGGAACAGUAUGGGCAGCCACGCGCAAUUCGAGUACGACGGCGGUUCGUUAUUUGUGCAGACAGUCUUGAAAGUCCACGAUGAUGGGAGUAUAACCCAUGCGAGCAAGGUCACAAACAUGGACAACAUCGAGCGACAAGUUCCGGUGGCGCUUGACUUGGAAUUUGCUAUGAGGCUCCUGAUGAAGCUGGAUGGACAAAGAUUGGCAGAACUACUGCCGAACAACGAUGAAUUGGCAGGCCAAUAUGAAACGAAAAUCCACCAAGCGCUGACAAACCAUCUUACCUGGCUUUUCAAGAUAGCCACUACGAGCAUCGAGAUCAAAGGAAAGGUGCGUCACUUUUGGCGACGCUCGUAUCUGGUCAAUGGCCUACCCAAAGAUGCAGAAGUAUAUCAGCUAGAUACGCAGUGUUAUCCAUUCCUGGAACUGUGCGAAUACUUCGAACGCUAUCAGAGCAGGCCUGGAACCACAGACGUUGUCAAGUCCAUCCUGACGAGCAACCCUUUCAAGAACAUCCUUCAGGACGUCUUGUCUCGACAAGACACCCCGAAAGGUCAUGACAGCGAGACAGAUCCUGACACGAAGACAAAUCUUUUCGCUACAGAAGAGACCUCAGCCGAUGAUGAUUCCGAGGAAUAUCCAUUCCUUCUCUCAAGCAACAUCUUGCUCUGGUACACACUUCGCAAGCUUGAUUGCCUUCUCUCGCGUCCCGAAUUCCCAGAUUCAGAGGCCCCUGACCUGGUGCUCCUUCAGGCUCAACUGGAGCCAGUCACAGUGGUGAUCAGAGAGAAUAUCCUGAAGCACUUUAUCAGUCAAAUAAAUGGAAAAGCCGUGUUCGCGUAUGGACUUGACCCUUCCAGAGGCCUGAACGAUCCAGAGCGGCUUCGCUACUACCACGACAGCAACGACCUGCCGACAUUGUACGCCCGAGACUGGGGCUUCCUGAAGAGCGACGGAGGCGACAGAGGUCAAGAGCAAUAUCUGAGGAAAUUAUGGGAGUGUACCAUGUUGUGGGCCUUUACGCCAAAUCCAGAUCCCGAGUCAGUGAACAGGGCUUACGCGGGAACUGGGACUGAGCCGUUCCACGGUCUUGGAAGCGACCACACCCCUGGCCCGUGGACUCUUGGGUUCUUUCAGGAGUGGAAGUUUGCGCAGAUGGUCAGGGAUAGAGUGAGAGAAGACAAGGCGUGGAGGCAGAUUCAGGGCUCGGCCCAGUUUGAUGGAACGUUCUCCGAGGCCGUGGAUAUCGAGACGGGAUUGUGCACCUCCAAGACCUGGUUCAGCUGGCCUGGUGCGAUGAUCGCGGAGAACCUUAUCGGCACCGUCAUCGGCCAGGUUCAGGGGUCGCCCUGA